UCCGUGACCCUUUUAAAGCUGGUCAACGAGGCCGUUGCGUCUCUUGAAGUCAAGCCAGAGACGCAGGUGGAGUCCGUGCUGUUUCAGGCCUCCGCUGGACCUUUAAUGGAACCAACAAUCGUGACCAUCGGUCCCAGUGUUACUGUUGUCCUGAGCCGUGACCCGGGAGAACCAGAAUGUGAAGUGUGCAUCCUUGGUGGCUCCACUCCCGAUUGUAGCUCGACAGAAAAGACACUAAAGAGUGCUGAACAGCUCUCCGUGGAGUUUAGCUGUAUGAAGCCUCAGAAUGUAUUCACUGUGAAGAUGACAACAAAAAUAGAUUGCACAAAGAGCUCCUGUACUCCUGCUGCAGCUGAAGUUGAUCCAAACCUUUUCAAGGACUUCAAGAGAACCCUAAAGUGGGACAUUAAUGUCCCAGACAGAAUUGUUUUAACUUUGGACUUUCCUAAUUAUGGACUGAAGGACAUUUCAGCCGCAGGAAGUUGCCCGGAUGGCUUUCAGCACACGGUGAGCACCACGAAGUAUGACGGAACAAUCAAAACAAACCGUUACUGCAAAGACGGGACAGUGUCUGAGCUUGAUGCGCUUGGAGCAACGACUGUGAUGCUUGAAGUGCCCAAAGGAGGAGAACUGACCAAGACUGCGUUCAGUGUCAAAGCGACGCCAAGGCGUGGCAGAACAAUGUCUGUGACCUCUGACCCCAACACCAUAAUCUCUGUCAACAAGAAGGAUACAGAUGCAGAUUGUAGAGUGUGCAUAAACUAUGGGUCCAAGCAAAUAUGCAACCCAGUGCUUCUGAGGCUGGCUAACCCUUACAACACUUCAGUUGAAUUCACAUGCCCUCAACCUCAGGAUGUCUUCUGGGUGGACAUAAACAGACAGAUUGACUGCACGGCAGCAUCCUGUCCUGACAAUAUUGUGCAUGCUGAGAACACGUUUUUCCCCGACUUCAACCGGACUUUCACUUGGGACUUCAAAACAAAAAAUUCCUCGCUGGCUAUCAAACUGAACUUUCCGGAACUGGGCAUGCAGCAGAUUUCCAACGAGCAGAUGUGUCCGGAUAACCACAAAUACUCUGUUAUUGACUACCUGCGCACAGGGCCGGCGAUAAUCGGUACUUUUUGCAAAGGAGGGCCCGUGACCACAAUAUUGGCUCUUUACAAGGGCCGUAUGGCUCUGUCUGUGCCCGGGAACACCAAACUGUACCCGGUAGACUUCACGAUUGAUGUUGGACCUGCCAUCAAAAGUAUGGCCAUACUGGAAGUCAGUUUACCACGAGGUGUAUCAGAAAACGAUUUCAUCACCCCAAACUACCCUGGAGAUUUCCCCGAUUCCCACCUGAUUCAGUGGGACUUCAAGAUGCCCGGCAUGCACAACUACACCGUCCACUUUCAAGAGAAAACGGAGCCCGAAUGCCUCUCGGGCAACGUAGAAGUGGAGUAUCGGAACGAGAAGGUGGUCAGACGGACCCUGACGGGUCCUCAGCCUCAGCAUCAGCAGGGCGACUUCAGCAUGGUGCUGAAGAACUGCGAAACCAACACCACCCUGCAAGGACUCAGCCUGAGCUUCAGAGUCUCUGUGAUGAGAAGCGGCCAUCCAGUUCUCUGUACGGUGGAUCUAACCAAACUCAGAGGAGUCUCCCUGCAGAUCCAGAAGGUGGGUUCUGACCCAUUUUGUGAGAUCAGCAUGAACUCAGAGGUGAAAGAGAAGAUGGAGGUGGCUGCUGGAACCACAGCCAGUCUCUCCUUCCUCGACUGUCCAAAUGAGGACGUUCGCCUGACUGCAAGCCAAGUUCAUUUAAUGGAAUGCGAAAGUGGAUCAUCGUGCCCUUCAGCGUCCCUCACGGUCCCCUCGCUGGACUCCUGUCUGCCGAUGCCCCUCGACAGCUUCACAUGGCUCCUGAAGAUUUCUGAGGACAGCUCGCUGGACCUGGUGUCCCCCACAGGGAGUCUCAAGCAGUCCUUGCCGGGACAGGAGUGCAAUCAGUCCGUCUUGCUGCGCGUGGCCGAGGCCGAUGAGUUUUCUAUCGGAGAUUUCUGCUCCGACGGCGUAAUCCAGAAAGUUCAGGUGCACGCCAACGUCUCCGUGACGGCUAAGGCGCAGGACUUCAGCAAGAUCAAGGAGCCUUUACUUAACGUCAGCGUCAGUCCGGAGAUCGGAGAAACCAUCAUCUACAGAGUCAGCCCGAUGCCGACCUCCCCCACCCUGCUGGCCUCCCCCAACUGGCCUCGGGGCAUGAAGCCUCUCUCCACUGUAUCCUGGAUCGUCACCUUUCCCAGUCGGUACCAAGCGCACGUCCAGUUCAUGAACAUCAGCCAGCCCAAAUGCGAGGACAGACACACGGGCAUCGACAUGAAGCUGCUGGGCCAAGAGGAAGAGUUCAUGAGCCGCCGCGAAGACCAAAAAGAGCUCACGAAUUUAACGGUGCCCCAGAGUUUCUACCUGAACAUGUCCAACUGUAAGCUGGAGAAGGGCCGCUUCGGUGCCGUGGCACAAAUUGUUCUUCAGAAAAACACCAGUAAGUAAUUGUUUUUGUCUGGCGUUCUUGGAUUAGCGGGAGCUCUUGUGGUUCUAAUCAUAGUGCUGGCUGUUGUUUGUGUUCUUGUAAAGAAAAAGAAGCAAAAAGUGAAGGAGUCGUCCAUCUACUUGGGCAAGGGGAAUAUCUUCCGCCCAAGCGACCGGCACUUCACCAAAACUCGAUCCGACAACGACUCUCACGUCUACGACUACAUAGACGACAGCUUGGUCUACAACCACCUGCUGGGCCGCUCCGCCUCCACCGACAGCAAACAAGACUUCCAGCCAGGCCUGCAGGUGGACUGCUAUAAAACCUUCACAGGCCCCAACGAUGGCAAGCUGCCUUUCGUUAAAGAACCAGACCCAGAACCUGAGUUGAAGCCGUAUAAAACGUUCCUGGACCCCUCUGAGACGUUUCUCCCGUCCCGCCCGCGCACUCCCAUCGGCCGGCAGGACAGCCUGGGCUUCCAGGACCGCAGGAUGAUGGACAACGAGCUCUACACGUUCAAAAGCACGGGCGAGUUCAACACCAUCCGGCUCUCCGGCGCCAAACUGGAGCCCGAGCUCUCGGAAACAGAGGAGUCCUUGUAGUUUGUUCGGACUUGAUCCGUGAACCGGACUGCUAAAUCCUCCGUACGGCAGCGAGCGUCUGCGGGACCGGCGUCCCU